AUGGAUGUUUGCAGAUUAGAUAUCAGCGGUCUGAGUACCACUUGCCCUAGAAGAUGCAGCUGUGAUUCUGCACACUCGGUGCAGUGCUACAGAACCACCGAGGUCCCCAGAGAGAUUCCUUCCACUACCAGGAGACUCUACAUCAGUCACAGCAAAAUUAAACAACUCCAGAUUACUGACUUCAGGAGAAUGUCGGCCCUUGAAGAGGUGGUCUUGUCGUGCAGCGGAACAGAGUCAGUAGAAAACAACACUUUCAAAGCACUGAGCACCUUGAAGUCUCUGGAACUCCACAAAAAUCACCUGACACGUAUACCCACCUUCCUCCCAGCUGGCCUUGAGAUUUUAAAACUUGGUGAUAACUCCAUCAAAACUCUGCAUGCAUCUGAUUUUGAAGGUCUGAGGGAACUAAGAGUGCUUGAUAUUCGGAAUAAUUUGGUUGCAACUCUGCGCCUGAGUGCAUUUUCUUCCCUUGGCAAUUUACAAAGUCUAACUGUGGAUGGCAACAAGCUGGAAUCGGUGUCUGCACCAUCUAACCUUCCUAGCCUGAAGUACCUGAGCAUGGCUAACAACAGAAUCAGCACUUUCCCUCCUAGCUUCUUCGCAUCUUUCCAAAAUCUACAGUUUCUCAGCUUAAGUGGCAACUUUUUGACAAAAGUGCCUCUUGACCUGCCUAAAUCCUUGCUGUCACUAAAAUUUGAGAAAAACCGACUCAAAACAAUAAGACUUCGAGAUGUGAAACACCUUGAAAACCUGUCUGAGUUCCUCCUUUCGGAAAAUCAGCUUUCCUCAAUAGAUGGUGCCCAACUCCUUCCUAACUUAACAACACUGGAGCUCGCUAAGAACCAGCUCCACGCGAUGCCGCUCCGGCUCCCAGGCAGACUGCAGAAACUUGACUGCAGCAACAACCUGAUUCAAAGGGUGACAGCCCAGGACUUCCAAGGAUUGCAAGACCUCAAGCACCUGUUUCUUGACAACAACGCCGUCCGCGUGUUUGAGGCGGGAGCUCUUCAGCAGUGUGUGCAGCUUUCCAACCUGGCACUGGAGCAGAAUCUCCUCAUCUCUAUUCCGCUGAGACUUCCAGACACCCUUGCCAGACUGGACCUAAAGGGAAAUGGCAUAGAAGAUGUUGGGGAACAAGAGCUGAAGGACUUGAAACAGCUUCAGGUUUUAAAUUUACGAAACAACAAGAUAUCUGCCUUGAAUCGCAAAGUCCUGGAGUACUUACCUCGCCUCCGGCAUCUGUACUUAGAUGGAAACCCCUGGAAUUGCACUUGUGACCUUCUGCGAACUAGGAGAGCGCUCAUGGACAAGGGCACAGAUGUCCGAGGAGGGCAGUGUGCCGCACCAGCGGAGAGGCGAGGAGAAAGCUGGAUGUCUUCCAGCAAGAUUCUGCACCAGUGUCAAGACAACCUGUCUUCCAUGGAAAAAGGCAAAGAAGACAGAAAGAAAAUGAAACCCUAUGACUCCUCCAGCAUCGGAGCUAACACGGAUGAUGAUUACUAUGAUUAUGAGCUAGAUUAA